UGGACAAAAACUCUCCAUCUCUCUCUAUAUCUCUCCCUCUCUCUCUCUCUUCAAGAGAAAGAGAACAAAAAAAUAAAAAGAUCUUCAAAGAAUGGGAAAGUACGGGGAGAUGUUGGAUCUAGGCGUGAGAAUAGUGGCGAGGUUUCAUUCUCACUGUCCUCAGACGGCGCGUCUCUAUUACCAUCCUCCUUCCGACGGCCACCACCAUCGCGGCGUCACUGAUUUAAUCGGAGGUGGGGUAACGGGUGUGUCGGGUCAAGAUUCGAAGGGGUUGGUAGGUGGGUUAGGAGCUGGAACUGUUGCUGGUUGUGGUGUCAAGUCUUCUCAAGUGUAUGAAGACGCCAGAGAUCUCUUGUUAUUCUCUGUUGUUUGAUUGAUUUGUCAACAAAAAAAUUCAUAUUCUUUUGGUUACUGAUUGAGAAAACUGUUCUUGUGAGGUUCUGUGAUACAAUUAAACAAUCUUUGGAUUCCAAAACUAUUGGAUGUUGAUGAUAAUUUGAUUAAUAUUUUUUGUUGGCUCUA